UGUGGAUGUCGCGACCGGCUUAGCACCAAGACAAGAGAAGAAAUCAGGCGGAAUGCUAGCGAAUUCUCUGUUCUCAAAACGCCAACUACGUUUUCAACACCAGGAUGUCCAUAUUGACCAGAGCACCAAUUGUUGGGUUGGCCACCCCAGAGUACAGCACCCCACGCAAAACCCCACGAAGCAUGGGUGACCCUGCAUCCACAGUCGCCAGAGGGCAAAUGCGGGGUUUUGUCAGGCCACAGAUGGCACUCUUGCUGUUCCUCACUCGGACUUGCCCCGCACUGGCUGUCCUGUCGGUCGUUGUGGGGCUGGUGGGACAACCCCGGAUUGUACAUAGAUGCACGGCAUGUGGGGAUCAACACCCGCUCACUGACUCGCGAGCCGGCACUUACCUCCUAGCCACCUACCUAACCCUCAUUCUUGCCCUGGAUAUUCCACUGCUGAAACCUGCAGAUGGCCGUCUUAGAGCCUUUCAGUUCUUGUUUUUCUGCCGAUAUUUACCCGGGAGUCAGGCAAUUCUGCGGAGUAUUCGGAGCAUUAGGUGGGAUUGACCAACUCGGUCUUCUUGUACAGUCCACUCGAUGCAUUGGACUAAAGGUAUAAAUACGUCAGGCAGUCGCGGAGGCAAAAUAUCGAGACAGGCAAGCGAGUCCAGCAGAAUGUACGGUCUAGCAUCUUUUGCGGCCCUGUUGGGCGGUC